GAGGAACGUGACUAUUGUAUAAUGACAUGUUAUGCCCGCUAGACUCGGAACGUAGUUCUGGGCCCGCUUCAAGCUCAGACUCCUUGGUCUUGUCCUCUAAAUAGUACUUAACAGAAACGCCGGUCACACAAUAACACAUCGCGCUCAUACAUUUGUAUAAUUUUACUUGCGCCGGCAAAGAGCCGGAAGCCGAAAUGGCGGCCAAGUCGGCCGAGGACGCUGACAAGGACCCGCGAACGGUUUUUAUUCGUGGGGUUAGCUUUGAUGCCGUUGAAAAAGACCUGGAAGCCGCAUUCUCCGAAGUCGGCCCUGUAAAGCAAUGCUUUCUCGUUCGUGUCAAGGGGCAGCCCAAGCACCGCGGCUUCGGCUUUGUGCAGUACGCUCUGCCCGAGGAUGCCGAGCGGGCCGUGGGGGAGCUUGACGGGACGGCGCUGAAGGGCCGAAAGCUGCAGGUGGAGCUAGCCAUAAAGCGCGCGCCGCUGGAGGAGCGUAAGAAGAAGCGCAAGGGCGAGGCUGAGGAGGCGGCGCCAGGUGCUGCCGCCGCCGCGGACGCCGACGCUAAUGCCGAGGAUGGCAACGCGGCGCAUGCGGCGCCGAAACAGCUGGCGGCCAAGCAGGCGCAGCCGCGGCCUGCUCCUGCGCCUGCGGCGGCGCCUGCCGCAAGCCGGCCGCGCGCCGCGGCGGACGCCGCCGCGACGGCUGAGAAGCAUAAGCUGCUUCGUGCUGUGGCGGUAGGUAACCUGACGCCGCCGGCAAUCGGUCAGGCAGUGGCACUGGCGCGCAAGGCGGGCGCGGUGGAGGAGGUGAUGAAUCCGGCGCCGCCGGAAGUGCUGCGGGAGGCAAAGCUGGAGGCGGACGGCUGCACGGGCGCCGUGGUGGUGGUCAUCUACAAAACGGUGAAGGACGCCAUGGCCGCGGUGUCCAAGCUGCACAACCAGGUCAUUACGCUGGCGGCGCCCGGGCAGCAGCAGGGCGGCAAGAAGAAGGGCAAGGGGAAGAAGGGUGGCGGCGCCGAUGCGGACGAGGAGGCAGCGCGCGGCGAGGCGGCGCAGGCGGCGCAGCGCAUAACGCUGUGGGCGCGCGAGGUGAAGGGUGAGGGCGCGCACGUGAAGCAGUGGCGCGUCAUCCUGCGCAACCUGCCGUUCCAGAUUACGGAGGCGGCGCUGCAGAAGGCACUGGCGCCUGUGGGCUUCGUGUGGGAGCUGAAACUGCUGCGCGGGCCCGAUGGCCGCGUCAAGGGCUUCGCGUUCGCAGCCUUCACCUGCCGCGCGCACGCCGAGAAGGCCAUCGCAACCCUGAACGGCAAGGAGCUCAUGGGCCGCACCAUUGUGGUGGACUGGGCGGUGUCCAAGGCGCAGUACGAGGCGGCGGCCAAGGCCACAGCCAAGGAGGCGGGGGCGGGCAAGGCCGACCAGGACGCAGAUGACGACGACCCGGACCGGCCCGGGUCAGGCUCCGGCGAGGGCGAGGACGACGAGGACCAAGAGGACGGUGACGAUGAGGCCGGCGAUGAUGAUGAGGAGGAGGAGGAGGACGAGGACGAGGAGGAGGAGAUCGGCAUGGACAGCGAUGACGAUGACGGAGAGAUCUUGGAUGAUGAUGAGGACGAGGAGGAGGACGAGGACGGGGAAGAUGACGAGGACGAGGAGGAGGAGGAGGAGCAGGAGGACGACGAGGAGGAGGGCCACGAGGCGGACGCGCGGCGCGAGCGCGGGCUGUUGAGCAGCGUCCUGCAGGACGUGCUGGAUGAGCACGAGGACGAGCAGCAGGCCGACGGCGGGGGCCAGGGCACAGGCAAGGACGGCAAGCAGCAGAAGCUGGAGGCCCGGGCCAAGCCAGCAGCGAAGCCGACAUGGCAGGGCGAGGAGUCACACGACCCAGAUGCGGCGGCCGAGCGCUCGCGUCCGGGCUCCACCUCCAGGCCGGCCUCGAGCCUGGAGACGACCGUGUUUGUGCGCGGCCUGCCGCUGGACGUCACGCAGCCGCAGCUACAGUCUCGUCUGGAGUUGUUCGGGCCGGUCAAGUCGUGCCGGCUGGUCAUAGACAAGGCGUCCGGCAAGCCCAAGGGCACCGCCUUUGUGGAGUACCGGGAGCCUGAGGCUGCCAGCAAGGCGGCGGACGCAUGCGCACGAGGCCGGCGUAACGAGGGCCCGGGCAUUACACUGGCCGGCCGGCCCCUGGACGUCGACCUAGCGCUGAGCGGCGACGGCGCGCGCAGCCUGGCGACGCAGCGCCUGGCCGGCAAGGCCGUGGGCAAGGACCGGCGCAACCUGUAUCUGGCCAAGGAGGGCGGCAUCACGGAGGGCAGCCCCGCCUGGAACGCCAUGUCACCGCACGACCAGGCCAAGCGCAAGCGCGCCGCGGAGGAGAAGAACAUCAAACUCAAGUCGCCCAACUUCGUCAUCAGCCGCACGCGCCUGUCGGUGCGCAACAUCCCUCCCGGCUGGACUGAGGCCAAGCUGCGCCGGUUGUUCGUGGACGCAGUGAAGGAGCGGGCCACCAAGGAAAACCCGCGCGUGGUGCAGGCCAAGAUCCUGAAGGAGGAGAACAGAUACGAGGCCAGCGGCGCCCGCAAGUCCAAGGGCCUCGGCUUCGUAGAGUUUGAGAGCCACGAGCACGCCCUGACGGCUCUGCGUCAGCUGAACAACAACCCGGGCACCGCCUUCGGCCGCGAGCGGCGGCCGAUCGUGGAGUUCGCCAUCGACAACGUCAAGGUGCUCAAGAAGAUCGAGCACUUGCGUGAGAAGGCCAAACAGAACGCGGAGCGCCAGCAGAAGCAGAAGGAGGAGCGGAUACUGGCGGAGGGUGAUGCGAACGGCGAUAAGGCCGGAAAGAAGCAGAGGAGCAAGAAGCAGAAGGGCGGCAAGGGCGACGCCACCGAUGAAGCGGAGGCGGCGGAGCCGGCGAGUGGCGAGGUCGCGGCAGCGGACGGCGCCACGGUCAAGCGGGACAAGCGCCAGGAGCGCAAGGACAGAAAGAAGGAGGCCAAGGGCAAGGCGGGCGACAAGGAGGAGAAGGGCUCUGGCGCGAUCAAGGGUUCGAAGCGCAAGGCUGUGUCCGGAGAAGGCGACGCGGACGGUGACGGCGAGGGCGAGGGCGGCAUGACGAGCCGUCAGCGCAAGCGCCAGCGGCAGAAGGAGCGCGUGGCGCACAAGCGACAGCUGCUCAAGGAGGGCGGCGUCCCGGCGCUGGUGGCGGAGGUGGAGGCGAAGCGGUCGCAGCGCGCGCAGGGUGGCGCGGGUGCCGGCGGCAAUCAGGCCGACGGCCCCAAGGACGGCCGGAGGGGGCCGAAGGGCGGCAAGCCGGAGGCGGAAGGCGAGGCGGGCGCGGCGCGGCGCAAACGGCGGUCGGAGGAGCAGGAGCUUGACCGCAUCGCCGAGCAGGGACUCAACGCCAAAGGGCCCCGCGGCAGUGGCGGUGGCGGCGCGCAGCACCCCAGCAAGCGGCGGCGGCGCAGCGAGAUGGGCGAGGAGGGCGACGGCCGCGCCGACAAGCUGGACCGGCUGGUGGAGCAAUACAAGGCCAAGCUGUCAGGAGACAAGCCCAAGCAGCAGCAGGCGGGCGGCAAGGGCGGCAAGGGUGGCAAGGGCGGCAAGGGUGCCAAGGGCGGCCAAGGUGCCAAGGGCGGGAAGGGCGGCAAGGGUGCUGCGGCGGGCGGGGCGAACGGCAAGAAGGGCGGCGCCGACGCAGCAGGCGGGGUGGCGGCACUUGUGUCUGGCGCGGCGUCGGGCUUGCGGCGGUGGUUUGACUAGGCCGCAUUGUGGGCACUGAAUGGGAGUGGGUUAUGGCGUGGGUAUGAAUGCAAUGUGACACGCUUUGUGACGUCGUUUCGUGCGACUUGUCCAGCGUCGUAAGGUCGUUUGGAUGCUCAAGUUGGGGCUGUUGCGGUGGGGCCGCGCCGCCAGAUUAUGCAAGGGCCACACGGGUGCCCAGAUGUUGGCAGUAGCAGGACUGGCUGGAUGUGGAGAUGGUUGUCGCAACACGCAGAUAUGAUACGUGAUCCGGGUUGCACGAGUCGGCGCAUGAGCAGCCAGGCUGUUCCAGCCUGCCCACGCCGGCGCUGGCCUGUCCAGCCGACUGUUACAUACCGUGAC